GAUAUCAGCUUGUGCCUGUGUGAGAGAUAAAAGAGAUAAGAGCACCCGAAGUGUGAGCGCCCAAUCUUUAGAGUACGAUUUAUUCGUCGAGCAUGCUUUGUACAAGCAACCGACUGAUAGCUUAUAGGAAGAACGUGGGUUUCCGGCCGAACGGUGUGGGCUGUUUGAUAGAGUGUAGAAUUGCCAGAAGUCGAAAACCAGUGAUCGCUACAACUCUUCGACCGGAAGCUUUCAAUGUUCACGUCUUCGCAGUUUCCGCGAACAUUUUUUUGGCAUCCAUAUUACUUUAAGGGAUCAAAUUGCAGAGCGUUUUCUUCGGCGAGAUUAUUCAGCGAUGACGAGACUCGGUUCGACUCCGGCUGAAAUCUUCUCGAUGCCCUCUGGGCGUUUCAUGCGUGACCAGCGCAUCGUUCCUCUGACCUAGUGGCCUAGCUUCGCAGCGAGCGGCAGCGAACACGGGCAGCCUCUCCGUGCCAGGAGCUCGAACCUCCUCCGCGGUUCGCGUGCGCGGCGCGCACGCGCCCUGGGUCGGUUGCGCCGGGUUCCCACGUGACCGGGCCACGUCACGGACGGCACUGCAGCGUCCCCUCGCUCGGGCUUCACUCCAUUCGUCGGUUCGCCUCAAAUUUUUUGGAGACUGGCCAAAAUGGCGACGGCGAUGGCAGCAGGCGCCACCGCCGUCGUCGUCGCAGCGAGGCGAGCUGCCGGCCGUGCGUUGAGCAUCGUCGUCUUGGCUGACUUGCCGUCGUUGCCUCGCCGCUGCGCUCCGAGGAAACCCCGCCGGCUCGGCGGUUGCCGCAGCUGCUGAGGGGAGUUUCGCUCAGCCGCAUCGGGUGCAGUGCAGACCUCCGAAGGAGGCGCAGGAGCAAAGGCGCCCCGUGCUGUUGCCGCAGCAGCAGACACACACACACACACACACGCAGGGGACAGCAGAGCGCUCGGCGCAAGUGCGAAGCAGUGAGGGAGUGAGCGCCCCCGGGAUAUAGCGGCGGAGGGGGGCGGCAGUGGUGGAGAUCGCGGCAGCAGCAGCACCAACGGCGGCGCGAGAGCCGUUCGGCUUCUCGCCUUCGACGUCGUCGUCGUGAGCGGUGAAUCCGCGCGCGCACGCGCGCGUUUUCUUGGAGUAUCGUCGUCGCCGUAUAUGUUGGUGGCCGCGUCGUGCUUUGAAGGCCCGAGGGCGCCGCGGCGGUCGUCCGUUGCUCAUCGGCGUGAGAUCGGCGCCAGCGGCUACGACGGCGGUCGGCCAACGGCGCGUGUGUGAAGCCCAGCAGGCGACCCGGUGCUGUGUCCGCCGCACUGCGUGGGCCGCCCCCAUCGGCGGCGGCGACGACCACGACACCCGGGCCACCACGGUCACUACUGUGUGCUCCCCCAAGGCUGGAUUAUGCGGGGCUGACGGCGCUCUCCCAUGCCUCCACAGUGUGAAGUAUCGGGAGCGCCCGGUCUGCGGGCGACGUGGCGCCGCAGCUAGCGGCCGUCGGCGGCGAUGCGUCGGCACCGGAGCCCCUAUCCGGGGUCCCGGCUGAGCGCGCUGCGCGGGGACCCCGGCCCAGGUGGUCCGCGGCGCAGGGACGACGACGACGGGCCCAGCCCGCCGCUCUGCUGCAGAGACCGCUCCAAGUCACGCUCCAAGUCACGCUCCAAGUCCCGCUCCAAAUCCCGCUCACCGGAGUCCCAGCAGCAGCGGCCUUCGUCGUCGGCCAGUGCCCGUGGCGUGCUGAGCCUGGACCAGGAGGUUGGCUUGAGCGACGCCCUGCUCCUCGAGCCGCCCACCGAAGAGGCCUUCAUCGCCAACCUGCACCAGCGAUUCAAGAGGGACCUCAUAUACACCUACAUCGGCACCGUGGUAGUCUCUGUGAACCCGUACAAGAAGCUGGCCCUCUACUGCCCGGACGUGAUUCAGGCCUACGAGAAGUGCAGCAUGUUCGAGCUGCCCCCGCACAUCUAUGCACUAGCGGAUAACGCAUACACGUCCUUGAAAGAUCGGAAUCAAGACCAGUGCGUCAUCAUCACCGGAGAGAGCGGCGGAGGAAAAACAGAGGCAAGCAAACUAGUCAUGCAGUACGUGGCGGCCGUGUCUGGCAGGGACGAAGAGGUGGGCGCCAUCAAAGAGCACAUCUUGAGAAGCACGCCCGUCCUCGAAGCCUUCGGGAAUGCCAAGACACAUCGGAACGACAACUCCUCAAGAUUUGGCAAAUACAUGGAUAUAGAAUUCGACUUCAAAGGGGAUCCGGUCGGCGGAGUGAUUACAAAUUAUUUGCUGGAAAAGUCUAGGGUAAUCAGCCACACCCAGGGAGAGCGCAACUUCCAUUUUUUCUAUCAGUUGCUGAGCGGAGCUGAAGUUCACCUCUUGAAAAGCCUUAAGCUGCAAAGGAACACUGAAAACUAUUCCAUUCUCAAGCACAGCAGAUGUUCUCAAUUGGAAAGCAUGGAUGACAGGAGUUAUUUUGCUUUGACCAAGAGGUCGAUGGAGGCGCUGGGGAUGAGCCCGUCUGAAGUGCACGCCGUGUUCCAAGUGGUUGCCGUCGUGCUCAAGUUGGGAAACGUAGAGUUUCAACCGCGGGCGAACAUCGACGACACGGAAGGCUGCGCCCUCCUCAACGAGUACGAGUUGUACGAAAUUUGCGAGUUGCUCCGGGUGGACUUUGCAUUCCUCCAUUCUGCCUUGACCCAGAAGAUGGUGGAGACGAGACACGACGUGGCCGUCACCGACCUCUCAGCCAAUGAAGCCACAUAUUCCAAGAAUGCCUUAUGCAAAGCUUUGUACAGCCGCCUAUUCACGUGGUUAGUAAGCCGAAUAAAUGAUAGCAUACGGGCGAAGCGCCUCGGGAAAAGAAAAUGUCUCGGAAUCCUGGACAUUUAUGGAUUUGAAGUUCUAGAGAAAAACUGUUUUGAACAGUUUGUUAUAAAUUAUUGCAACGAGAAGCUUGAGCAACUCUUCAUAGUACUUACGCUCAAACAAGAGCAGGAGGAGUACGUGCGUGAGGGUAUUCAAUGGGAGCACAUAGACUACUUUAAUAAUGCAAUAAUUUGUGACCUCAUUGAAAAGAAUAACCACGGCAUCCUGGCGAUGCUGGAUGAAGAGUGCCUUCGGCCGGGGCCCGCCACUGACGAGAGCUUUCUGUACAAGCUGACCAAGGUGUGCCAGGACAGCCCCUACUUCGAGAGCAAGGGAUGCAAAAACCUCACGGGGACCGACGUCUCGCUGCCGCCACAGUGCUUCCGUCUUAGGCAUUACGCCGGUGCUGUUACCUAUUCUGUUGUUGGUUUUAUUGAUAAAAACAAUGAUCAUCUCUACCGUGACCUGUCUCAAGCCAUGUACAGUUGCGAUCAUCCCCUGAUGAAGGUUCUGUUUCCUGAAGGGAACCCAAAGCGCACGACGCUAAAGCGUCCAACAACGACUGCCACACAGUUCAAGAUUUCCAUUGGAGCACUUGUAAAAAAUUUGCAAGCGAAAACGCCAAACUACGUACGCUGCAUUAAGCCAAAUGAACUCAAGCAGCCGAUGAUCUUCGAGAUGGCACUGGUUCAGCAUCAAGUCCGGUACCUCGGACUGAUGGAGAACCUGAGGGUGCGUCGCGCGGGGUUCGUCUUCAGGCAGGACUACGUGGCAUUUCUGGAGCGCUACAAGUUGCUCAGCGUUCGCACCUGGCCCCAGUGGACGGGCCUGCCGGUUGAAGGAGUCACACUUCUGCUCCGAGACCUGCCAAUCCACCCUUCGGAGUACGUCUUCGGCAGGACCAAGAUAUUCAUCAAAAGCCACCGGACGGUUUGCGAACUGGAGGAAUUCCGGCGCGAGCGGUUGAACGAACUGGCCAUCCUGAUCCAGAAGACCUGGAGGGGAUUCGUCAUGAGGGAGAGGUUUCUGCGCAUGCGCGAAAGUCAAGUCAUCCUGUCUAGCAACUACAAGUGCUGGAAGACGAGGGAGGAGUUCCACGGCGUCAGGCAGGCGAGGAAGCGGGAGUGUGCGGCGCGCGUCCUGGGCAGAUCCUACCGCCUCUAUAAGCGCCGGCGAUACCUGCUGUGGCUGGCGCGCAACUUGCCGUCGGACUCGCCGGCGGACCGCUCCUGGCCUCCGGCGCCCCGGUUCCUGCAGCAUACCAGCCACCUGCUGAGGAAGUUGCACCACAAGUGGAGGUGUACGCGGUACAAGCAGAAACUCGACCAAACUGCUCGAAACCGCAUGCGAGAAAAAAUGACUGCCAGCAUCAUCUUCAAAGACAACAAGGCCUCCUAUCCGAAAAGCGUGGCCCAUCCGUUCCGGGGUGACUAUGUACGGCUGCGCCAGAACGUGAAGUGGAAAAGGCUAUCGGACGAGACGGGAGACCAGUACAUCGUCUUCGCGGACAUCAUCAGCAAGAUCACGAGGUCUAGCGGCAAGUGCGUGCAGACUCUGUUCGUGGUGAGCACCAACGCGAUGCUGAUCAUGGACCAGCGGACGUUGCAGAUCAAGUACCGCAUUCCAGUGACCGACAUCUACAGGAUAUCGCUCAGUCCUUUUCUGGACGACAUCGCCGUAUUUCACAUACGCACGACUGAAGCGACAAGAAAGAAAGGGGAUUUCAUUUUCGAAACUGGCCACGUUAUCGAGAUUGUGACCAAGCUCUUUCUCGUCAUACAAAACGCCACUGGGAAAUCACCAGAAGUCAACUUCUCGACAGAGUUCGAGGUGAACUUCGGCAAGGAGACCGGAGUGCUCGCUUUCCGGUGCACUUCGAUGGGCGAUCACCACCCUGGGCAAAUCAGGAUCUACCGCAAGGGAAACCGGAUGGAAGUGUUGUUAUGAGGAUGACUUUCUUAGGGCACUUUUUUCCAAUUGCACUUCGAGACGGAGGAGGGGGAGAGUUGGCGUUCCCUCGGCGAGCAUCGGAGAGGGGCGGCCGAGGCGCGGAGAACUCGUCAUGCACAGAAAGAACGCCGUUGUUCUACUCGUUUGCCUACGCCUAUGAGCAGAGGGAUGCCUUUCGUUUGGGGGCGGUACCACCGUUCCACUUGUGUGCGGCCGCGGAAGAAGAAGAAAACUACUGCCUUUCGAGAGCUGCCAACUAUUCUUACGGCUGCCACACAGUUGCUUCCUUUUAACGGGAGCCAAGGUGUAGCUAGGUGCGUCUUUGGCCGGCGGUGGUGGGACUUGGCUUAAGUUUUUCAGGGCACUCGAAAGAGUGCGUGGACGCGACACGCUUUUCUUCUACAAAAUAAGAACAAAAGAGAGGAGGGACAAAGCUAUGGUCGGUGCCUUCGGGGGUUCUAGUUACGAAUGCGCCGUUUAAGUAACCGUGAUGCAAUGAGGAAAGGUUAAACGCUCGAGAUCCGGGGUAUCGUAUAACCAGGCUUGCUAAAGUUGCUUGAAGUGGAAGCAGCAAAAUUGUCUUUGCCGCGCAUCAACUACGACGUUGUUAGGCUACCGAUUCCACUUCGUUAGACAUUGCUCUCAAUGGCAGCACCAGGUAUGACCUUCCACAUUAGUGGGCGGUGAUGUCGAAAACAUUUCUUGUUGCUGAAGUCGUCACACGUGACGCUGAAGGUUUGGCGGUGUUGCUGAAAGCGUUUCACGGAACUUCAACUAACCACGAUUACUGAGAUAAGCUGCCCCUUGCAUGAGCUUGAAACAUUCAAGCAACUCUAGUAAGUCAGGUUGUAAAAUACGUCGGCGCUUAAGCCUAGAAACCAUGCCAUUCCUGAGAUCCAUUACUUUUGUGUCUCAGGAAUACUCAUUGCAUUAUGGCGGUCAUGGUUAUUACAUUGAAGAGCUGAAUCACUUGCAGACGGUGCCAAAGUGUCGGUAAAUGAAACACGAGUGGUCUCCAAAGGAACGCCGUUUCAAAGCAUUUAGCCGCCUUCACAAGCCUUUUUUUUUUUUUUUGAACUAAGCAUACGUAUGAUUUUUAAUUCACGUAUUUGUCGCUAGAUGUUAUCCCUCGACGCACUGUUUCUUCGUUAACUAGGUUCACAAGGGUUUUCUGUUCUUGCACGGAGAACCUGUCUGCCAAUUAAUUUUCGCCGACAUGUUUGCCUCUGCGUAAGGUUUUUGACACCCGAAGUUUGUUGUUCUUUUGCAGUGCAGUCGAUGCCUGUUGCUUCUAGCUGCCAACUUUCUCUAUGCAUCACAGCCAUUGCUUUCACGGCAGAUGACAUAAGUUGGGAAGGCGCUUAAUAGAAUUUCUUUUUUUUUCUUUUUUUGCGCACGUUGACACAACUUAGAACAAGGAAGCAUUCAGGAGCGAAAAAGGGGCUGCAGGAGUGAACGGUCUAUUGCAGUGGUUUUCAAACUUCUAGGCAUUGCAGACAAUUAGAGCUGCUGGCAAGCCAUUCGGGGACGUGAAAUACGUGUUUUUUUCCCCACCCGAUACAUAAAUACGCACAAAAACGCGUGCGAUGUUAAGAUCAGUACUGAGAAAGUAUCAUCCCCUGAAUUUGUGCCUAAAUUGUGCAGAAUGUAGCGUCAGUAAGGUAGUCUGUUAUCUAUAAAUCUUUCCUCAAAACUGUUGGCUUGUUUACGCUUAAAUUUCAUUCACAUUUGUCUCUUCGCAGUGCAUUUUUAGUACCAUUUUUCCAUUCAGUAGUGACUUAAAAUAGAGCCAAUUGAAAAUACAUACCCGGAUUCAUUGUCUGUGCCGAAAAAAAAAAGCAAUUUCCUCAGCGAAAGGAACAGUGGCGCUGUUCGUCACCAGGAAGGAGGUGGUGUCACCGUUCCUUUCAAAUGAAAAAAAAAAAAAAACGCUUUUUCGGCACUUGUACUUUCAAUAUUUUGCUGAAGGACCGGGCACUUAGCAGCAUUCAAACAGCAUUAAAGAGAAUGCACUCGCAUGAGAGCAAGAGGCUGAUACAGAAAUUUCGUUCGUUAUGUUACCUUCGCACUGGGGUCAAUGUGAAAUCACUGUGCUGCUUUCUGGAAUUUAUAGCACUUACUUGGAAUUACAUCUUUCCAAAUAGAAGCUCGUGAGAAUGAAGAGCGACGUGACAGACUAGCAUUUCUGAGUUUUUCUUUAUCUUUUGCCGCACCAAAUCCAAAUGCAAUGUGCCAACAGCCCCUGAAAAUUUUUUUUACCAUAGUAAGGGUGCUAACGUCAGGCUCAAUUUAAAAGAGUCGAAGUCUCAAUUCCCGGUCAGUGUCAGUGCUGCUUUUCCACGUUGUCAAUUUUAUUCGUGUCCAUGUGCAAAAAAAUUAUACAGCUCACUGAGGAUAUCUGCAAGACAUCCCUUUUUUUGCUAGAACAUAUUUAAGAUAUCUUCGAGGCGAAUCUUUUAUUUUUUAGAAUGGCACCUGAGGACUCGAUAAUUCUCUCCAGACGCACUGGGGUUAGCGAAUCACGGUUUGGGAAACACUGCUCUAUUUUGCAAGAACGUUUAGGGUUCAGGCGUUGUCGCCUCAUUUUGACAGAACAAGAGGAAAUUUCCGCACACGGUGUAUCUGCGAAAAAAUGAAGUGUAGAAAGACGUACUAGAAACGCAUCCAUUGCUCAAAAGGAGAAAAAAUACAAGUGCGUAGCGUAACAAAGCGUGUACUUAACGAUUUUCACUUUAUCUGUAAAUACAGCAUUUCACUUUAGGUAGACCUUGUGCCAUUUAUCAACGAUCAUGAACGCUCGUCUUUAAGGAAAGAGCGUUUCUCCCUCAGACACAUCCUCGAUGCUCGUAACAACUCUGUUGCCAGCAUAUUUUUUUUAGGCGACUGUCAUCACGAAAAGCGCAUUCUUCACUAAACCAUUGUAAAUAUUUCACGCAAACACGACAGUGAGAAUAACAAAUAAAAGUUGAAGACUUUAAGAGAGCCGGUCACUUGAAGCAGACAUUUGUCUCAUUAGAAAAAAAGUAUAUACUCGCAGGUAGUAGUUGACAAGCUUUGUGGCGCAUUCAAAUAUUUCGACUUAGACGUUUUAGGCUGCCAUGUUGACGCGUUGCAUCGUGUUUUUUCUUUAUUAUUUCGCUUACGUGUGAGUUAUACGUUCAUAAACAGUAAGGCUACUGACCUUGCAUCUUCAGCCGACAAUGAUGUUACCAGCGCUGGCCCGAAAAAAAGAAAGAAAAAGAAAUCGCCUCUUUUGUGUGCAAUGUUCAAACUUAUUUUCCUACAUACUCGAUUAUGCGCUAGCAUGUUACUAAAAGCAGGGGCACGAACCACUAACAGACGGUUGAUGCGCAAAAUUACCAGUGGCUUAUUCUUGCCAGGUCACAAAUAUACAGGGGUUUGCAAUCGUAUUACAAUAAACAAAAUUGAACAAAAUUCAAGGGGCACAAUGAGCUUCAUGGACGAUCUCCUGACGUUAGACAAUCUUACAGGCUCAACAAUUAUCAUGCGCAUUAACCGCAAACUCGAUUACAACUCAAUUGAACUGGACAGAUGGCAUACUUGCGCACUUUUCUUUACCCGCGUUUGCAGACAGCGUUUCCGUAAUCUCUCUAACGCCUUUAUCAGUCCCACGUGCAAUCAACUCAGUUCCACCGAAAAGUGCUGCGAAUGUGCAUCUCUUGCAAUGCGCCACAAUGUGUCCUGUUUCAUGUAAUUGGCCACAAGCAUAUUAAUGGCCACAUGCAAUGCAUGCUUACAGGAAUCCGUGAGGUAAUUCUAAAAGAAACCAAGCGUUCUCAAUAUACAAAAGGAAAUAUAACAUCAGAAAAGCCGUCGUGAUACCGCAUUCACACGAUAUCUCGCACCGAAUCAAAAAGAUCGCCCAAAGGCAUGGGGUCACAGUAUCGUUUACCGCGCCUCGCUAGCUUCAAGGCUUGUGCAGCGCCGUAAAUGAUAACAAGAACAAGAAACGAUGUACAAUGCAGCACAAAGAAGCGUUUGUACACUGUAUUGAGAAGGUUAUCUACAGAGUGUCCCUUACACGUGGUAGAGAGUACAUCAGCACACCCGGGUGCUGUAUUAAUAAGCGGCUACGCGAACAUAAAUAUGAUUGUGGCCGACUACAGGGAGCAGGGCACGCUGUGGCGCGUUGGAAGAGAUGCACGUGUGCACCAAUUUUCGGUAAAACUGAGUUAAUUGCACGUGGGGGUAAUAAAGACGCUAGAGAGAUUAAGGAAGCACCGUCUAUAAUCGCGGGUAAAGUGCGUAAGUAUGCCGUCUGUCCAGCUAACUGAAGCUGAAAUCGUGUUUGCGGUUAUUGCUCAUGAUAACUGUUGAACCUAUAUGGUUGCCUAGCGUCAGCAGACAUGUCCACAAAGGUUAUUGUGCCUCUUACUUUUUUUUCAAUGUUGUUUCUUGUAAUCUGAUCGAAACCACUGAUAUAGAUGUGACCUGACAAGAAUAAACCUGUUGUAAGUUUGCGCAUCAACUAUCUGUUAGUUUCAUGUCCAUGUUUUUAGCAACGUGCCGGCAGUUAAGCAAGUCUGAAGAGCCACGAACCAGAGCCUUUCAUAGCGCUCUUGUUUUCCUACUUCGCCAUCUACCUGGUCCUCAGCUCAUGACAAAUCUAUAUUGCUGAGCAGCAGUCGCGAGCAACGCAUAGCGGUUGCAAAGCUCAUUCAGAUUUGCUUCAGUUGUCAUGGGUCAUGAAAAGUGUGGCGGUUCGGGAAUAAUUGCUAUAAAACUUUGUUUGACAUACAUCGUUGCUUAUUCGUGGCUUGAUCAUGAAUACGGACAAGUGAGUGCGCAUGUAAGGAAUGGCGCGAUUUUAAUCAGCAAUCUUACCUUAUGAAGCUUAAACUUUCAUGUUGUUUUUAAUGUUUCAUGCUCAUAAUAAACGGUAAUGCGUCGUUAAAAGAUUAUACUACAGCUGCAAAGAAAGCUCGUAUUCAGUGCGACAGGGUUUAUACAUUGCUUGAUGCAAAUACAGUAUUGGCUGCACUUUUUGUAAACGCUUCAAUGAAACAUCACAUUUACAGUGGGGUACGUCGGGACCCAAAAAAUAUCUACAAGCAAUUUUACCCACUUUAUUCUCCUUUCCUAAAUGCGGACUCUCUUGAACUAACGCGUCUUUGUUCUCUUAGUUUUGUGAUGCAAGCUGCAACGCACAUCGAUGUUCGUUUUCCAGAUGAGUCAACAUCCAAUGGAUAGUGUGUGUUGACAAUCUUCCCUAACGCAGGUGUCGAAUGGUGCCAACUUUCACUGCCAGAUGCACUCUACGAUACGAAACUAGUUGCUUCUUUCUGUGACUAAAGUCUUACGUUCAAAGCUACGUUUUAUCAGAUUGUCGAACACUUAACGUGUACUGGAACACGGUAUACUUCGCGUGCCUUAGUUCUAUGACACCUUUGCAUCACUGCGGCAAUUUAUUACGCCAGGACUUGAGGAUGUUAGUCCUUAAGAAGAAGACACUGAUGGGUUAGGUGAGCGGCGUUACAGGUGUUCGCGAUACCUGCUUCACCGAUCCGCUUGAGAGGUCGCAGAAAAUCAAAACCAUAGAAGUUGUUGCGUCGGAGGCGCAUAAUAAGUCUGUAAUUAUAACUCGGUUUAUUAGGUGCGCUUGAUUCGUUACUGAUGCGGAGAUUUCAUGGUUACAAGUGCGAUGUAGUCCUUGUUUGUCGUAGGAGCUCUAGUUGAAUACACCAGGCGCCUUUUAAGAAUAAUUAUUUGGUGACUUUGGCUAGAAUGCAGGCAGUCUUCUAGUUGUUGUUCUUCUUGUGGGCAGUUGUUGGAGGUUAGAUAUUACGAUAGUGAUUUGUACAGCGAAAUAGCCUCUGAGAAACCUCUAUAAAUAUUUAUAUAUAAACGCACCUCUCACUUCGUCUCAAGUUUUAGGCCUGUGUAUUUGAAUGAAUGCAUUUGUCGCCCAGUAAAGGCACUGGAAUGCACGCCGUCAUAUUUUCGUUUUGUUUGUUUUUGCAGUUUAGGUGUUCUCUCCAAAUUAAAAAAAGAGCGGUGUAUGCAUCCCAAACUUCGUUCAAGUGAAUUAGUCUUUCAAGCUGUAUAGUGAAAGUAGACUCCUUGAGUAUUCGCGAAAACAGCCUUACAUUAAGGCUGUCUAGUUACGUGUUCUUACAUUCGUUUCUAUGUGGCUGUUUCUCGUUUUGAUCACAGCGGUCGCCGUAUGUUGUUAUGUUGUUGAAAUCGCACUGUGCCGGUUGCAUACGAUACGCUGAGCACUUUGUGUCGCAAAUGACCACUUUUGUUUUCCAGUGCUAACACUGAUUGUUGGCAGCCUCGGUGUGUUUGCUUUGUAUGAUUGAGAGUGCGUUUAGAACAUAAAAAAAAAAACAGUGACUUUAUCUGCUUUCAUGUCUUACAUAGGUUUCGGUUAGAGAAAACGAGGCGCACAGACGUGGCACCGAUGCCCUCUGUUUAGUGCGCUGAAUAAAUCUGUGUGCUACAAUAAGAUGUGCACAUACACUACAGUUAGCGCCAUGGCGCAAGGUAUUCUGUACAGGUAUAGUUGACAUACUACAGACAAUGCUGCCUGCGUUCGCUGCACUAUAAAAAGUAAUAAGAAGGAAGAAGAAAAAGAAAAGAAAACAACUCAUCACGAUAUAUGGCACUGAACGUUUAUAUAUGCUGAACUGUUUUUCAUACUGAUUUUUAUAAUAAAACAAUACGAAACGUUGA